CACCCAGUCCCCUUGGCCACGGCUGGCGGCCGGUCGCGCCGUCCCCGGCACAGCCUUGCCGUCCCCGGCACGGCCCCACCGCUCGCCCAGCCCCGGGGCAGGGCUUUCCCAGCACGGCCCCCGCCAUCGCUCUGCGAACCCACCGAGCACCGGGGGCUGCCGGCCGGGGCUCCCGCCACCCGCCCCAUGGUGUCCCCCGAGGGUUUGGUGGCCGCAGCUGCGGUGCUCGCCGGCCUGGGCCUCCUGGCCUGGCGUCCUUGGGCAGGGAUGCUGGAGGUGCCUGGAGACUCGGGAAAGGAGGAGGAGGAGGAAGAGGAGGGGAUCCCCUUCAUCACUGAGGAUGGCUCGGGGCGCUGCCGGCUGCUGUGCAAGCCCUCGGCGCUGGCCCAGCACCUGGUGCGGAGCUUGGGGCGCUCGGCGGCGUUGCGGGGGGGCCGCUGGCCGUGGUCGCGCUGGCCCCGGCUCCAGAUGCUGCGACAGCUCCUGCAGCCGCCCGAGCCGGAGCCGGCGGUGGCCCGGGAGCUCCUGCAGCUGCCCGAUGCCGGGCUGGUGGCCCUGGACUGGCUGGUGGGGCCGUGGGGGGCCGUGGGUAGCUGCGGCGGGGGCCCCAGCCCGGUGCUGCUGCUCAUCCCCAACGCCGCUGGGAAGGUGACGGGGGAGCUGCUGCGGCUGGGGCUGCGGGCGCUGGAGCGGGGCUUCGUCCCCGUCAUCUUCAACCGUCGGGGCCACAACGGCUGUCCCCUCACCACCCCCCCGACUAGCCCUUCGGGGGACCCCGGGGACCUGCGGGAGGCGGUGACCUACCUACGCUACCGGCACCCGGCUGCCCCGCUGCUGGCCGUCAGCGAGGGCUCGGGCUCGGGGCUACUGCUCGCCUACCUGGGGGAGAGCGGUUCCUCCAGCCGCCUGGCCGCCGCCGCCUGCAUCUCCCCAGUCUUCCGUGGCCGGGACUGGUUUGAGGCUGGGAUGCCCUGGCUCUACGAGUGGCCGCUGCUCCUGCACCUGAAGCGGGGACUCAGCAGGUACGUGGGGUCCCUGACCGAGGCGGUGGACGUGGACAGGCUGCUGGGCAGCCGCUCGCUGCGGGAGCUGGAGGAAGCCCUCUUCUGCCGGACCAAGAGCCGCCCCACCAGCUGGGAGGCUUACUGGGAACGCAACGAGCCCUUACGCGACGCCGACGAGGCGGCCGUGCCGGUGCUGUGCCUCUGCAGCGCCGACGACCCCGUCCGCGGACCCCCGGCCCGCAGCCUGCCCCUGGAGCUAUUCCGCAGCAGCCCCUACUUCUUCUUGCUGCUGACCCCACGCGGGGGACACUGCGGCUUCCCCCGGCGGGGACCGGGGCGCUGCUGGGGCCACGAGGCCGUGCUGGAAUACUUCAGGGCCAUGGCCGAGUUCCUGCGGGCAGAAGAGCGGAGGAAGGGGCUGCCGCGAGCCCGCAGGUGGGGGGGUCCUGCCGUCGAGCCCCCCGACUUCACCUGGCAGAGGUCCUACACCCGGUAGCCCCCGGGCAGGGUCCCACGCGGCGGCGGGGGGGGCUCAGAAAGGCAGGCAGACACUCCGUGUACUAAAAUUACUUUAUUACAGUUGAUUUUUUUUUUUUUAACAUUUCCUUUGCUAUGAUACAAAGGAUACUUACAAACAAAAUAUUACAUAUGACCUUAUUUUUUCUCUUCUCUUAUUUUCUGACAACUUGGUAACAGCUUUAAAUGCACAAUCUAUACAAUUAAUACAGGUUAUAUAUGAGCUAUAAUGUAUGCUGAACCAGAAGAAUACCAGAAUACUGACAAUAUACUGUACAUUAAGCCUUACCAGUUAGUGCUCGUGGCAUUUUCUACAAGAAGGAAAACGCACACCUGUAGAUUCACUCAUACCAGCUGGUGCUACCAGACAUGGAUGCAGGAAGGAGUUUAAUUCCCCUAGUUAAAUCCUUCACAGCCCAUCACCGUGGUGCUGGGCCUGGAAACCUCAGACCAGUGUUCAUAGUAAAACA